UUCGUCGGAUCGGAUACUCGGAAUAUCCAAUGAAUUUAAAGUAUAUCUUUUUCGGUUUGUUUACUUCACUUUUCUUAUUAACUAUUCUAUUCUUGUUUUACCUUUUGUCAAUUAAACCGAACAAUUAAGAAGGUUUGGAUUUCUUAUUGUUGGUGAUGGAGAAAAAAAGUGAAAUGGAACAAUUAACAGAGGAUCAAAUUUCGGUUAUUCGGGAAAUUACUCAAGUUGAUAAAUUGGUUGAAGAUUUAAAAUUAGGUAAAGUUAAUGGUUGUUAUCUUAAAGCCUUUCGAACCAUGGAUUUAAUUCAAAAAGGUGUACAAGGAUGUUCAUGGAAAUCAGCUCAAGAUUUGAUCGCUAUUUUCACUUGUCUGGGUGAUUUACUUUCUAAAGCUGAUCCGGUUGAACGUGUACCAACUAAUAUGAUAUUGAGAAUUUUAAAAGGAAUAAGAGACGAAUAUGUUACAGCUUCGGGUAAAAAGCCUGGAUCAAAGUCGACCAAUUUUGAUACGGAAGAAUCUCUAACCAAAAUGAUGAUCAGUGAUGAUGCGGUUAUCCAUGAUUAUACCCAACCAUUAACCGAUCUAAAGGAAAACAUAUUAGACUAUCUAAAUGAAUUAGAUAGUGAAUUGGAAACUUCCAUUGAAAAUAUCGCCGCUAAAUCAAGUGAACAAAUCACCUCUGGUCAGGUAAUAUUGACCACAGGUAAAUCUAAAUCAGUUGAAGCUUUCCUCAAGUACGCAGCUAAAACGAUGACAUUUCAAGUAAUCGUAGCUGAAUCUGAACCUUCAGGUAAUGGAACUGAAUUAGCUAAUAAACUGGCUGAAGCUGGUAUAUCAACUCAACUGAUUCCUGAUUCAGCCAUUUUUGCAAUCAUGCCAAGAGUUAAUAAGGUUAUUAUUGGGACACAUUCGGUGAUGGCUAAUGGAGGCCUUAAGGCGAUCAGUGGUUCCUAUGCUUUGGCUUAUGCGGCUAAAAAUCAUUCGGUACCAUUAACUGUUUGUACACCGAUAUUUAAGAUUACACCUAAUUAUUUAAUCUCUCAUGAUCAGGUUGCUUUCAAUAAAUUUGUUUCACCUCAUCAAGUGUUACAAUUUAACGAGGCUCCUUAUGCCACCGAAACUGAGGUCGUUAAUCCAGUUUUUGAUUAUGUUCCCCCUGAAUUAGUUAAUGGAUUUGUAACUAAUUGGGGUUUUUAUACACCUUCAUAUGUUUACAGACUAUUAAGUGAAUUGUAUCAUAGGAAAGACUAUUUAUCUUGAAAGUGAUUGAGAAGUGGAUAAUGAUGAAAAUAAAUUUGAUUUUUUGUUGGA